UCCAAGCUUUGCGCCAUCUACCGCCGGGGUCUGUCUUGCGUCGAUCACCAAUCCAGCACGUCUGUACCAUCAACAACGUCAGAUACGCAACUUCCACAAUGCCUCGUGCUAUGGCAGGAGUGCUCGUCCAGUGCGAUCCGUCCAUCAAAGCCAUCGUCAUGAGAAUCGACCAGCAGAAUCAACACAGCUUCGUCAUCGAAGAAAUUGACGACGAGCAUAUACUCGUGCACGCGAAGAAGCACGACGAGUUGAAGAUGAGACUCAAAGACACGCUCAAGGACACCGUCCGCGAACCCGAAGAAAGCUCCGAAGAAGACUGAUCGCAGACCGCUCUGGAAAAUCGCGCCAUGCGAUAAGGCACAGCAUGUCGAUAUCGCCACCUGGCUUGAUUCCGGAUCAAAAGAACUUUGUUCCAGUUCUCUGCGAGCCGCACUAUCGGCAGCGGCUUUAUCUCGAUGUAUAGCUCUGUGAGCCACGGCUUGUUCAGCGCACUCAAUAUCCUUCGUUGGUUGCUAGACGUGCGCCAUUCGAUGCUGGAGCACCGGCGACACUGUACUAUCUGCCAAGUGAGCAAUACAAGCAAGUAAGAAGGAAAAUGUGCUGCCCAUCCGUAUGUGCGCACGCAACUAAGCGAAUGCUGCAGUGAAAACAUGAUGCACAAUAGGUCGGUCCGGUAGACGCCUCACUUCUUCGAAACAAAGAAGAACGAGUCGGGUCA